CAGCGAAACCAUGGACCCCUACAAUUAAAUGAACUUUGUCCCUAAGUAAGUGCUUGUCCUUUUUUUUUUGUGGCUCUAAUUAUCACUGCACAGUGCACACUAAUAAUAGGAACAGUUCCAAACCCCUCCUAUAAAUGGGCGCUGCAAUUCAUCACUCUCCAUCAUCAUCCUACAAUACUAUACAUUCAUCACACCAAAAAUAAGUUUUGGGGAAAAAAAAUAUAAUUAAUGAUGAGUUCAAAGUUGUUCAUCCUCCUUGGCCUUUGUUUGGCUGUUUCUCUCCUCAUUGCUUCCGAGGUCUCGGCCAGGGAAUUGGCCGAGACUACGGUACAUGCUUCCUCUGACACAACCGAAGCUGAUAAAAGAAAUGAGCACAUCGACGGAUACGGAGGCGGCGGCGGGCACUACGGAGGCGGCGGCGGGCACUACGGAGGCGGCGGCGGGCACUAUGGAGGCGGCGGCGGGCACUAUGGAGGUGGGGGCGGGCACUAUGGAGGCGGUGGCGGAGGAGGACACUGCAGACACGGUUACUGCGGACACGGUUGCUGCGGGUAUAAGGGGGAGGCGGCUGAUAUUGGGGCGGCGGCGGCGGCGGAGCCUUAAAUAAAUAAAAUAGCUAUACUAUACUGGGAUUCGAUCGAGAGAGCUUGCUUCCCAUGCAUGCAUGCAUGCGUCUUUGUAUAUGUAUUUGUAUUUCUUAUAACAAUUAAUUAAUCUCUCUCUCUCUCUAUGUGUGUGUGGAGGACAUGUAACAAUAAUGGUAAUACAGUGGUGUUGGACGUACGUAUUGUACGUAUCGUACCUCUUUCUCCAAUGUAUUAAUUGAUCUUCAAUAAUACUCCGUAAAAGAUUUGCUUGCUUUAUUAUGCGCUAAAUAAUAUCCCUUAUUGGUU